AUGUUGCAAUGCGGGGGUAGUGAUACUUUGUUGUGUCGUCAAUUUGUAAGCAGUUUUUCAGGAAUCGCUUUUGACUGGUAUGCCGAACUACCAAAUGACUCAGUCAAAAUAUUUGCAGAAUUGGAAGACCUCUUUGUUAAGUGGUUCACUGGCGUUAAACACCAUAUCACUAUCGGUGAUCACGAGCGACAGAAGCCAGCCGAAACAUUGAUGGACUACAUUCUGCGAUGGAGAAAUUUGAGCAUGAAGUGUGAGCCACAACUCCAAGAGCAGCACACAAUCAAAAUCCUUCUAAAGAGCAUCCAUGGUCCGGUGGGUUUCUUACUCGAGGGAUUCACCAUCAAGACAUUCGAAAAGCUGCUUAGCAAAGUUGGGAAUCUUCAAGAAGAAUCUAAGCAACUUGAGUUUUUCGAGAAAGCUGGGAAGCUAAAGCCAUUGAAGACAUCUGAGAAGAAAUCUGGGAUAAUAGCAGUGGUUGACAGGGGCAAGCGACCGUUGCAAAUACAAGUUGAACAGUCUCGACAGAUCUACCAACGUCCUCGACAAAAUGGUCAACAGUCCUUUCAGCAGAGGUCCUAUCAAACAGAUGGAGGGAAACCCCCGAACAUAAAGAAUCGUUUGAACAAAAUGUAUCCUUUCAAGAAUGAGGCAGUCAAACAAAUAUUUCAGAAUUUGAUAAAGAAACACGAGUUCAAGCUCCCUGAACCAAAGAAACCAGACGAAGUUGAUGAAAAAUAUCAUCCGAUGUACUGCCCAUAUCAUAGGCUGAUUGGACACACCAUAAAAGAUUGUUUCACUUUUAAAGAUUAG